AUAUAAACACAGGCAUACUUAGAGUGAGAAUAGUAGUGGAUUUUUGUCAGUGACCAAGCACAUGGUUUUCGACUUGGAAGAAGUUUGUAUAGUCUGAAGGCGACUAUCGAAGGUGUGCGUUGUGUCAGUACUAGUUUUGCGUGUCCUCAUCAGACGGAAUCGAUCUCCCCCAAAGAAGAGAAAAAAAAGUAAAACACAUACCUUCUCCCUUGGACCGAGAGCAUUCUUUUCGAUCCCUCGCUAUUAAAGCCCAUCAAAAUCUGGAUUGUAUCACAGAUAUCGACAAUUGCAAAUACAUAUAGGCAUUAAAGCGAAAACGAAAAGAAUCGUCAAUCCGAAAUAAAGGUAUUUUUUUUCUUUUUUAUCUUUGGAGAGAGAAGAUGUCGCAAAAGAAGAAUGGAAAAUUGGAUUUCGGGUCAAAGACGAGUUGCCAGACCGAUUUGGAGAAUGGCGAUAAUAUUUCGUUAAGUUGGUUUCGGUCCUCGGAUAAGAUAAUUCAGACGCCGUCGGAUGAGAAGUCUGGACAAAUCGAGCAUCCGACCACAUAUUCAGAGACCCUGAUCCACAUACUGAAGGGGAAUCUAGGGUCGGGGCUCUUCGCCAUGGGUGACGCCAUCCGGAAUUCCGGCAUGGUUUUCGGGCCGACGGUCAUCAUUUUUCUGGGCCUCAUCUGCACCCACUGUCAGCACUUAUUGUUGACCGCUUCAGACAAGAUUACCCAAAGGACUGGGAUCAAAGAAUCCCCAAACUUCGCAAAGACUGUGGAACUUUGUUUUGCAAAUGGACCGCCGCUUACACAGAGGAUGGCUCCAGUGAUGAGGAAGCUGGUUAAUAUCUUCCUCUGUGUGACGCAACUCGGAUUCUGUUGCGUGUAUUUUGUGUUCAUUUCGGACAACAUCUACAGUGUGUGCAUGUCUUACGGUGUCGACAUCGAUGUUCACCUGCAUAUGCUGUUCAUCCUGCUGCCAAUUAUCUUCUGCAGUUUAGUGAGAAAUCUCAAAUAUCUCGCACCGCUGUCUCUGAUCGCCAACAUCCUGAUGGCGGUGGGCUUCGUGAUCACUAUUUACUUCCUCGUUGUUGAAAUGCCACCGUUGAAAGACGUGAAACUCAUCGCUAAUCUCGAUCAAAUUCCAUUAUUUUUCGGCACGGCACUUUUCGCCUUCGAAGGAAUUGGACUGGUGUUACCACUUAAAAACGAAAUGAAGAAUCCGAGCUCUUUCCAAAAACCAUUCGGAGUGCUCAACAUAGGCAUGUUCCUCGUGACCAUCCUUUACACGACAUUGGGCAGCAUGGCUUUCUUGACUUACGGAGAAGACGUUAAAGGCAGCGUUACUAUUAACUUACCGGACACACCGUUGGGAACGGCGGUUAGGGUUAUCAUUCCCACAGCCAUCUUGCUAUCUUACGCUCUCCAGUUUUAUAUUGCCGUUGACAUUAUGUGGCCCGUCGUCUCAGGAGCUUGUGGUCCUCUGAAGCACCCCAUUGCAAGUGAAUUACUGUUCAGGGCUGGUCUUGUUCUAGUCACAUUUGCUUUGGCUGAGGCCAUACCUUAUCUGAGAUUGUUCAUUUCAUUGGUGGGAGCGAUCAGUAGUACCGCCCUGGCGCUUCUGUUCCCACCCCUUUUAGAAUUCAUUACGUGCGAGAUCACCGCCUGGAUGGUCAUCAAGAACGUCUUCAUCUUACUACUCGGCGUUGUUGGCAUGGUUACGGGUACCUACGAGAGUAUUCAUAGCAUAGUGGAAGCAUUCCAGGAAAAUGCCAAAAGCUAGAUAAGAAAAAACAGUUAUUCAAUGUUACCUCAAUCGCCCUGACCAAAUCCCGUCGAUCCCCGCCGUUUUGUAAUUGCAAUUUUUAACUACCUGACAAAUCAUAUUUUAUCUAUUAUUUGUUUUUUUUAUUACCAUAUAUUAUUUCUGUUUUAUUUUCUUCUAUUAAUUUUGUGAUAUAGCCCUAUUGCUAUUAUUAAUUAGGUUUCUAGACUCUAGUGGUGAUAUUACAGAUAAAUAAUAUUAUUACGACGUGCCUUCUAUAUCUCUUCUAUUUUGGAGAGAUUUUAAAUUAUUAAUUUAUUAGCACUAGUUUUGCAAAUGAUUAUGAACAGUCGAAGAGUGAGUGAUGUGCGAGAUAUUUCUAUUUUAUUGACUUUUUAUUGUUAAGAGAGGAAAAUGUAAGAAAAAAAAGA